UGGUUCAGCCCGGUGAGUCCAGGGAUCAAGCUCCUAGCUGUUCUGCUACAAUAAGUUGUGAACUAUGAGCGGUCAGUGGUUACUUUUGGCAUUUAUAAACGAAUAAAUCUAUCGUUUCGGGUUGAUUCCAACGCCAUGUGAAAGGACGGAUUUGUACGGAGACGUGCCAAGAGGCUCCAUGGCAAUCAACAACUUCAAAUUUGGCUCAUAAUCUUUUUUGGCUUCGCACUAAUGGCUGCUCAGUCUAGUGUACGCGAAGAACUGGACGUCCUGCGGAGGAAAGAAUGGGCGCGGAGGAACCAGGAGACCCAGCAGGAUAAGGAGCUGUACCAGGAGAGUACGCCGCUCUUCAGGGAGCCUUACAAGACAAACAAAGGCGAUGAACUGUCCAGCCGCAUCCAGAGGAUGCUUGGUAAUUACGAGGAUGGGAACAACUUGCAGUAUAACCAGUAUGAAGGGGCACCCAGGGAUCGACCCCCUUCAUCAUCGCACGGACGUUCGGGGCAUCCUGUGCACAAGGACAAAACGGAUCCCUCAUUCCAGGGUUCAUCGUCAUACGGAAGCACUGAACAAGGCCACUCGAGCGGUCACAGCUCAUCCCAGCCUUUGAAGAAGUUCCCGAUCCUGGACAACUCCAUCCCAGUCCUGAGCAAAGAAGGUCCCGUCAAAACCCACGAAACAAAAAUGGACUCCUGGCCUGACGUGAGAGACUAUGCCACUUUACCGCCUGUUCUUCCGGACCUUUCGCCACCUGCAGGACCUUUGUCCCCUUUACAUUCCAGCGAUUCCAGCGAAUCAGAACAGGACAUGGAGGAAGACAACGACGCCAAUGAGCACCCUAUUUCCCCUCACUGCAAAGGUUCUUCCGAAAGGACACCUCCAUCGCAUCAUUCAGAGACCCAGCAAAAGGAAGCGUCCCACUUGGGAGGAGAUGCCCCAAUGCCGGCUUCCCAGACCUUUCCGCUUCCUCUUUCGUCCAAGCCCAACUUGGCCAACUCUCGGAAGCCCAUGGCGUUGGUCCGACCUAUGGACGGACCCGACCAGGUCAACAGCGAGUCCCCAGACCUAAAACCGUCACCCGACGACUAUCACGGGCAGUCUUACGAGAGCUUGUCUGAUCUAAAGACGUCUGUAGGCAAGCCAAACCUUCCUCCGCUAAAGAUCCCGUCGCAGUCUGAGAUUCUGUCAAAUGAGGUUCAGCGAGUGGAGGAGAUUCUCAGAGAAAUGACCCACUCAUGGCCUCCUCUUCUAACAGCAAUUCAAACCCCGAGUACAACAGAGCCAUCCAAGUUCUCCUUUCCUAACAAGGAGCCCAGUGUUCAUCGUGGAUACCAGCAGCCUCAAAAGCACAGUGAGUCACCACCCAAAGCUCCGGCGUCACCCGUUCACCCGCGGCCAGCUGAGUGUGAGGAUGGAGGAAACUCUGUGCUGGAGGCGGCCGCCGGACCGGAGUCUGGGAGCUCCAGUGACUCGGAGAGCAGCUCGGAGUCGGAAUCUGACAGCGAGAGCAGCGACAGCGGUACUGACGAGACACCGCCUGCUCCGAGGAGUAACACACCACCAGCUAAGGCCGAGGGGCUGAAAGACAUCAACUGGCAGUUGUUCAGUUGGAUCAAGGAGAACCAGCCGAGCCUGAACCCUCAGAACCACUCCGACGUUUCAGCAAAACCCAACCCCAAACCUGCGACCAGCACCAAAUUACAAACGCACGCUCACGCCGAGGAGGAGCAAAAACCCAAAAACAAGAAACACUACAACUCCCGUGCUCCUCCAGCUCAGCCCGAGUUCAGCGAAGCCAAACCCGAGGCCAAACCUGCCCCCGUGACCCAACACAUCAGCCACAAAGCUGCUCCUAACGCCAAUACGGAGGCAGGAACCCGCAAAACACUGUGUGAUCAGCACCCAAGCAAGAGCACCAAAGCACAGAGCAGCCUGCACGUCGAAAGCGUGGAGGUCACCCCCCGCAACAAAGAUGCCACCUUCACAGAAAGGCCAAAGGUCAAGACGAAAACAAGUCACGAGAAGAAAUCCGAGAGCAGAAAAUCAGCCAAACGUUCCACGUCGGAGAAAAGGGACGGGAAAGAAGCGCCUGCUAAGACUGCUACGAUGGUGCUGGAGGUCAAAAAAGAGGCGGAGCCUGUUCGCCCGUCCUCACCGCCGCCUAAAAACAGCGUAACUGUAACUCGGACGCCCUCCAAGAGCUCCAAAAAGAGCCGGGCUCGCUCGCCGACGACAGACAGGAAAUCUAAAUCCGUGCCGUCCAAACCGAGCCUGGACGUUCCUCUGGCUCUGUUGGUGAAGAUCCAGCUCAGUCACCUGUCCAGAGUUCCACAGUUACCCAAAACAACAAAGACUGGAACCAGCGCUCACGUGGAGAACCCUUUAAAGAAACCGAGCCAGGAGAAAGAACCUAGUAAAGCCAACAAGAAGAGACCUGCUGAUCACAGUGUGCUCUCUCUGCCAAAAAAGAAGCCGAAACUGGAAAAGGACAAAGAGGGAAAAACGUCGUCUUCAUCACAGCACAACUCCAGCAAAACAGAAGCACCGAGGAGCAGCCGCGACGAGACAGACAGGAAGAGCAGUGAGAAGGUCCACGCUCCUGUUCCUCACAACCUGGGACACAAGCGCCGCUGUGGAGACAUGGAGGAGAGCAGCAGCUCCGGAAGCAAGCACAAGAAGAAGAGCUCCAGCAGAGAGGAGCGCGACAAGAGCGACAAGAAAGCCCCGAAGAGCAGCACGUCUGCCCCAGAGUCGUCAUCGUCGUCCUGCGGAGCCCCGGUCACUCACAGACCCCUGCUCAAAUUCGACGACAAGACGUACCCUGUGGAUUAUCACAUGAAGGAAGCCAAAAAGCUGAAGCACAAAGCCGACGCCAUGGUGGAGAAAAUGGGUAAGGCCCUGAGUUACCUGGAUGCUGCCAUGUCCUUUGUAGAGAGCGGCAUCGCCAUGGAGACAGAUCCCCAGACGCCCAAAUCGGCUUACACCAUGUUCUCCGACACCGUCGAUCUCAUCAGGUUCAUCCUGAAGCUGAAGAACUACUUGGACCCGUCAGCUCCUGUGUCAGAGCGAGACUUCUUGGUCUUAUGUAUGCGAUGUCAGUCCCUCCUGCAGAUGGCGAUGUUUCGCUGUAAACGAGAAUCAGCGCUGAAGUAUUCUCGCACACUGAACGAUUAUUUCAAGAGCUCUAAGACCAUGCAGGCUCCUUCCCCCUGCAUCUCCAAGGGCUCGUCCCCGAUGUCCCCGAUGCCGUCUCCGGCAAGUUCGGUCGUCUCCAAUCCCGGCGGCGGCAGCACUGUGUCCAUUCCUCAGCCUAUCCAGCAGAUGGCGUCGUCCUACAUCAACAUCACCGCUCUCUUCCUCAUCGCUCAUGAGACGUGGGAGCAGGCCGAGGAGCUGGCACGCACACGCACCGGUCUGUUAAGUGAUCUGGACAAGGUGCUCGGCUGCCUGAGUUUGACCUCCAGCAUGACCGCUCUGGUGCGUUACACUCGCCAAGGCCUCCACUGGCUAAGACUGGACACUUCAAAUCCUCGCAGCGGCCCGUGAGCUUUUGUGUGCGUGAGUGUGUGUGUGUGUGUGCGUGAGUGUGUGUGUGUGUGCGUGAGUGUGUGUGUGAGGUAAAACGGGCAUCUUUUUAAUUCUUUUUUGUUCCGCUUUGUGGAGGAAGAAAGUCUUCUUUUUUGUUCUUGCACUUCGUUCUGAAAGAAAGUGGACGCGAGUGGACGCAGAGGUGUCGGAGGAGCACAUGAUGCUGACGUCUCCUCACAACGGAGAAGAAAUCACUGGAAUAUCACACACACACACACACACACACACAGAGAGAGAGAGAGCGUCUGCGACUUCACCUCUGGUCUUUCCCAUCACCGUUGUAACGGACAGACGGAAUGGACGAAGGACAGGAAGUCCACACUACAUGCUGAAACUUUGCACUCGUUUCCUCUUAUCAUGUGACUCGUUAAUUUAAACCCCACGUUUUUCAUAUCUACUGUGGAAAACCUAAAAAACUGUGAUUUCGCCAUUAUUUAUUUCCUCUAUACGAUCAUCAUCAUCAUUAUUAUUAUUAUUAUUAUUAUUAUUAUUAUUAUUAUUAUUAUUACUUAUUAUUAGUAAUAUAUUGAUAAUGAAUCUUAUUUUUUUCCUCUUUGGAGACAUGAACAUUUUUUUUCCCACCCUGACCUUCCCCGAGGCUUCCACCUGACACCAAACGAACGAAUGAAUUUUUUUCAGGUUAUUUUUGUUCCCGUGACGGAGCCCUGAAGGACGCCUUUAUCUCUCGCGCUUCACGUUUUUUUAUUUCCACGCCCGCAGUGAAGAUAUGAAAUAUAAAGCCACUGUUUAUUUUUAUUAUUAUUUUCCUUCAAAUUUCAAAUCAGUUGUAAUUCUACACAAUGAAAUUCUACCUCAAGAGCACACCAGAGGCAGAGGAACAAUUCACACACACACACACACACACACACACACAGCUUUUAGUAGAGAAAACACUCGUGCCUUAAUAGUGAAAUCUACAAGAGGAAGAGAAGAGCAGGUGACGUGACGGCUCUGUGUGAUGAUAAUGAUAGCAGUUUUGUUGUUUUUUUAAUGGUAUCAGACUCCGGAUGCGUGUUCGAGUUUUCACGGAGCGUAAAAAUGCACUUUUUCUGGUAGGAAAUUCCAAAAUACGGCUCAAACGCCAAACUGGAAAAUGGGCGACGUGAUUUUGUAUCCAGAUUGAGAUUGCAAAGGUGCCAAUACUUAUGAUUUAGCUGUAGCAUUUGAUCACUUUGGACCUGUUGCUAUGGCAACACGUGAGGCGACCGAAACUGACCGAAGGGGAAAGGACCCGGGACGGGAAAGACGUGAUCGUUUCUGGUUACGUUUUCUUUCAUAAAUAAAUAACUAAAGGGCCUGAUUAUUAUCAUCAUCAUCAUCAUCAUCAUCAUCCUCAGCGUUUAUCAUUCAGUCUGUUCCCAAAGCGUCGUCUCGUCUCGUCCAGUCACACAGCCCUCAGGUCAUUUUUAUUACCCCCCCAGUGCAUUAAUUUCUGUCUCCUGAUUUUCAGGUCACGUGACCUCGGGUCAGACGUCUCCCUGAGCGCUCGUUAGUGAGGGUUCAUUAAUUCAGAGCUCAGAACCUUUAAUGAAGGAGACGGAUUUCGGAAAACUCCACUAGAUCUUAUAGAACAUUAUCAUUAUUAUUAUUGUUAUUAUUUAUUAUUAUUAUUAUUAUUAUUUUUUUUUACAAAAAGCUUUGUUGAACCGUUCGCCAACAAACAAAGCCAUCGGCCACUAAUUUUUUGCGUUGUCACAUUUCCCACCAUUUUCUUUAAAAUAAAUAAAUAAAUAAGGGCGCCACUUUCAGGUGUGAUCCGUUCCAUUUCCUUAGUUUCCAUGGUGACGGUACAUUCCAGCAAGGUUACCUUUCCACUUUAUGUUUGAGGCACCGAGUCGAGAAAACAAAAACAAAGCCAGCCAAUCAGAAAAGAGCCACAGAGUAAAUCAAAGUGUUAUUUAUGACAUUUUUAUUUUUUUUUUAACUACAGGAGAAAGUGCAAUCGAAAAUUUUUGUCCACGAUUCAGCGAUUCCACGAUUUGUUCCCCCCCCAAACAACCAACCAAUAAACACACAGCAGAUAAACGCAGGCUGGAUUUAGAGCAAUAACACUUCAUGGGUUUAACAGUGUGUGUGUGUGUGUGUGUGUGUCUGUGUGUUUCCUCCCUUCCUCAUGUCCACAGUUCAACUCGAGUGCCAUGAAAAGUGUUUCCCAAACCAGCUCCACACACACACACACACACACACACACACACACACACACACAAGGUGUGUUUUGGCUUUUUAUUUUAUUUUUUUUCCUUCCUGAGAUUCCCAGUGGGAUUCCUGUAAUCUGGAAAAACUUUGUAAAAUAAAUAAAUAAAUAAAUAAAUAAAAAAUCGCUGAGAUUUAAAAGGGCUGCACAUGAAAUCAGAAAAGGAAAAAAAAAAGUAUUAUUUGUAUUUAUUUUAUUCUGACGAUCAGCGAAAGGAACGCUACGACUCUUUAUCCUGUAUGAUCAUGUUACACCACUGCUUUUCUUUUCCUUUCUAUUUCUUCCACAAAAAAACACAAAACCAAACAAAACCCACCUCUUUACUCGUUUUUAAGACGCAUUUCACACCGUCGUAUUCGUUUUGUUCGGUUUUCUUUCGUCUCUUGCACACUAAACGAAAAGGUCCUAGGUGUGGUUUUCCGCCUCGUUUGACUCUUCUCUAUUAAAAAUAAACAAAAAAAGUUUGCUUUCUGUUUGUUUUUGUUCCUGAUCACGUGCUUCUUGAGGUUUUGUUCAGCAGAACGAAACGUGUUCUUUCUUCCCAAAGCAAACGAAAAGGAAAAAAGCAAACAAACAAACGAACACUUUCCAGAUGAAAAUCGUUUGCGCAGGAAUGGUUUUGUAAUUUUUUUGCCUUGUGGGACGUUUGUAAAUAAUGUCAUGUGUCCAGCGCUGUAGAAAAGAACGGCAAUGAAAUGAGGUUUUUGUUUCUUUUUCUUUAACUUGCUAAAAAGAAAAAAGAGAGAGAGAGAUUUUUUUUCUUUCCGAAGCUGUUCAUGCAGAUGUUUGUAGCUUGUGUGGAGAAGCCAGGGGUCGAGUCGGGUCAUCGGUUCCUCUCUAACCACUGACCACUGCUCUGAUUUUUGUCUGAUCAUUCACAGGCAAUAAAGUUUUGGGGAAAAUAUCCAAA